AUUCAAGUGGAGGAGCUACCAGUUUUCUUUGGCCUUCAUAUUUGCUGUUGAGGAGAUCAACAGGAACACUCACAUUUUACCCAACACAUCUCUAGGAUUUGAUCUAUAUCACGUCCCAAGCAAUCAAUGGCAUAUUCUCCAGGAACCUUUUAUUUGCCUCACAGGAACUGGACGAUACUUUCCAAAUUACACAUGUAGAGGACCAAAGAAGGCUGCUGCUUUACUUACAGGAACCUCAUGGGCAGCCUCUGCACAUAUUGGGAGACUGCUCAAUCUCUACAAGUAUCCACAGCUUGCUUUUGGACCAUUUGACACUAUGCUAAGUGACAGAGCCCAGUUCACUUCUCUCUACCAGACAGCACCCAAGGACACAUCUCUGUCACAAGGCAUUUCCAUUUUGAUGGUUCAUUUCAGCUGGACUUGGGUGGGACUAAUUCUCAUAGAUGACCACAAUGGGGCUGAGAUUCUCUCAGACCUGAGACGAGAGAUGGACAAUUACAGAGUGUGCAUAGCUUUUGUAGAAAUGAUUCAGGACAACUUGAUUUCCUCCAAUGAAUUUUCCAGAACAACUUACCUGAAGAUCCUGAAAUCAUCCUCAAAUGUGAUUUUCAUUUACGGUGACACUGAAUCAUUACAUGGUAUAAUCAUAAAUACAGGGAUACGUUUAAUGAAUGGGAAAGUUUGGAUCAUGAGGUCUCAAUGGGAUUCAACCACUGAUUUUGAGUUGUUCAUAUUUGAUUCAUUCCACGGGAGUCUCAUUUUUGCACAUCACCGUGCUGAGAUUUCUAAUUUUAGGAAGUUUGUCCAGGCAUACAACCCUUCCAAAUACCCAGAAGAUGGUUAUCUUGCUGUUAUGUGGAACACAUACUUCAAUUGUCCUUUUUCUGGACCUGAGUGUAAAAUUCUGAGUAGCUGUCUACCCAAUGCCUCCUUGGAUAUGUUGCCUAAAAAUGUUUGGGAAAUGGAUAUGAGUCCAGAGAGUUACAACUUAUAUAAUUCUGUGUAUGCUGUGGCUCACAGUCUCCAUGAGAUGACACUCCAAAAAGUACAAAUUCAGUGCCAUCAAGCCGGGGAGGCAAAUUCCUUCCCUUCGGAGCUUCACCCUUUUCUCAAGAAUAUCCAUUUCAAAAAUGGUGCUGGAGACCUUGUGGUUUUGGAUUCACAAAGGGAAUUAGAGGCAGAAUAUGAUAUUCUCAACUUCUGGAAUUUUCCAGAUGGUCUUAGAAAAAAGAUGAAAUUUGGAACAUUUUCUCCAAAAGCUCCACAUGGCCAAGAACUAUGUUUGUCUGACUAUAUGAUACAGUGGGCCACAGGAUUUACAGAGCUUCCUCGCUCUGUGUGCAGUGAGAGCUGUGUUCCUGGAUUCAGAAAAUCCCCCCAGGAGGGCAAGGCUGCCUGCUGCUAUGAUUGUACUCCUUGUCCAGACAAUGAGAUUUCCAAUGAGACAGAUAUGGAUCAUUGUGUGAAAUGUCCAGAAAGUCAUUAUGCAAACACAGAGAAGAACCACUGUCUCCAGAAAGCAGUGUCAUUUCUGUCCCAUGAAGAUCCUUUGGGGAUGGCCCUCACCUGCUUGGCCCUGGGCUUCUCUGCACUCACUGCUGGUGUUCUUGUUGUUUUUGUGAAGUACCACCACACUCCCAUUGUCAAGGCCAAUAACCAGACCCUCACUUACAUCCUGCUCAUCACUCUGAUCUUCUGUUUUCUCUGUCCAUUACUCUUCAUUGGCCAUCCCAACACAGCCACCUGUAUCCUGCAGCAGAGUACAUUUGCAGUUCUGUUCACCGUGGCUCUCUCCACAGUCUUGGCCAAAACUAUUACUGUGGUUCUGGCUUUCAAAGUCACAGUUCCAGGCAGACUGACAAGGUGGCUAAUAAUAUCAAAGACUCCUAACUUCAUCAUUCCUGUCUGCACCCUCUUCCAAAUUGUGCUCUGUGGAAUUUGGCUGGGCACCUCUCCUCCCUUUAUUGAUUCAGAUGCUUAUGCAGAAUAUGGACUCCUAAUUAUUCUAUGCAACAAGGGUUCCACUAUUGCCUUCCAUUCUGUCCUGGCAUACCUCUACUGCAUGGCACUUGGGAGCUACACUGUUGCUUACCUGUCUAGGAACCUGCCUGACACAUUCAAUGAAGCCAAGUUCAUCACUUUCAGCAUGUUGGUGUUCUUCAGUGUGUGGGUCACCUUCCUCCCUGUCUACCACAGCACCAAGGGGAAACUCAUGGUGGCCAUGGAAGUCUUCUCUAUCCUGGCGUCCAGUGCAGGCCUCCUGGGUUGCAUCUUUCUCCCCAAGUGCUAUAUUAUUUUGUUAAGACCACAUAGGAAUGUGCUUUCUCAUGUCAGGAACAAAGCAUAUUCUAGAGGAAAAGUGAAUCUUACAGCUUAG